AUGUUUUCACUAGCACCAGCUGUUUCAGAACAUGAUGAUGAUUUUGUUAUGUCUAAUCAAAAAAAGAAAAAUUCUACCUCUAAAACAAGUGUUGAUUUUCCAAAGAGUAUACUAAAACAAUCACCAUUGCAUUCUUCUAUGAAUGUUUCAAGAACGAAUUUGAAGCGGGUUUCGAUUAAUCUACCUGAUAAUGAAAUUUCAUUAGCAAAUAUUGGAAGUGUUUCUUCUAGAAGGAGUCAAGUACCGGCUAGGUCUCCGGUUUGUUUUCCUUUCAUGACGAAUAUGGAUUACUGUGAUGAGGGGAAUGUGAGGCUUAGUAGCAGCAGAAGCAUUUUGGAAGUUCUUAGAGAGAUUGAUGCUGAUGUGGUGGCACUGUGUUCGCUGUGUUUUCUGGCGAACAACCUCUGGUUAACCAAUUUCUUCAGACUUUCUGUCGAAACAAUGAAACUUUAA